UGUCGGAAGAGCGAUCCGGACCAAUUGCGAGUUCGCAGGCAGUGCCGAAGAAGGCACCGAUUGGAGAGGGAGGCCUCGAAUGAUCGCCGGGGCACCGAGCUGAUCGUGAAUGAGCGCGUUGCAUAAGGAGCAACGGAAUCGACUGGACUUUGUUACGGGAGAGACGUAGUGCACUUAUACGGCGCAGGGAUGUGGCAGUGAGGGAAACCCGCAAGGAACAGUAAAAGGGAGCAACAGCGCCCAGGUGGAGACGAGCAAGACGAUAAGGAGCAGCAACAAUGGGCGGCGGGCGACGGCACCUUGAAGCCGCCCCCGGUAGCAGCCGAGACAGCGGUGUUUAUACGUGGGAGGAGGUGCAGAGACACCGCAGCAGAAACGACCAGUGGAUCGUCAUUGAAAGAAAAGUGUAUAAUGUAACCGAGUGGGUUAAGAAGCAUCCGGGAGGAUAUCGGGUUAUAACCCACUACGCUGGGGAGGACGCCACGGAUGCGUUUGUUGCAUUCCACCCAGAUCCUGGCUUCGUGCGAAAGUUUCUGAAGCCACUGCUGAUUGGAGAGCUGGCCCCCUCGGAGCCUAGUCAGGACCACCAGAAGAAUGCUAUGGUGCUCCAAGGCUUCCGAGCCCUCCGAGAGCAAGUGGAGAAAAAGGGCCUGUUUCGAGCCGAUGCCACUUUCUUCUGCCUCCACUUGGGGCAUAUCCUGCUCUUAGAAAUGUUGUCCCUGCUAGUGCUGUGGACAUGGGGCACAGGGUGGAUCCCAAGCUUGAUGUGUGCAGUGCUUCUUAGCACAUCUCAGGCCCAGGCUGGAUGGCUUCAACAUGAUUUUGGUCACCUAUCCGUGUUCAAAACGUCGUAUUGGAAUCACCUGCUACACAAAUUUGUUGUUGGACACAUAAAGGGUGCUUCUGCCUGCUGGUGGAAUCAUCUGCACUUCCAGCAUCAUGCCAAGCCCAACAUCUUUGGCAAGGACCCUGACGUCAACACACAACAUGUCUUUGUAGUGGGAAACACCCAGCCUGUGGAGUAUGGAAUAAAGAAGCUGAAGUAUUUACCUUAUAAUCAUCAGCAUCAGUAUUUCUUUCUCAUUGGACCUCCGCUUAUCAUUCCUGUCAUUUUCAAUCUGCAAGUCGUGCGAACGAUGCUGUCUCAACGUCUCUGGGUGGAUUUGGCUUGGUGGACAAGCUUCUACAUGAGAUUCUUCUACUGCUAUGUGCCUUUUUACGGAGUCUGGGGCUCGGUGUUGCUGCUCACUUGUGUAAGGUUUCUUGAAAGCCACUGGUUUGUAUGGGUCACACAGAUGAACCACAUCCCCAUGAACAUAGACCAUGAGGCACACCAAGAUUGGCUGACCAUGCAGCUGAGUGCCACAUGUAACGUUGAGCAGUCUCCCUUCAAUGACUGGUUCAGUGGACACCUCAACUUCCAGAUUGAGCAUCAUCUGUUUCCCACAAUGCCCCGGCACAACUACCAGCGUGCGGCUCCCAUGGUGAGGGCGCUGUGUGAGAAACACGGCAUUCCCUAUCAGGUCAAAUCGCUCUGGCACGCUUUCGCUGACAUUGUUGGCUCCCUUAGGAAGUCUGGAGACUUAUGGUUAGAUGCAUAUCUCCACAAAUAACACCACCAAAACCACUGGAUUUCCUGGGUUUUUUUUUCAUGGGAAGAAAGAAUCUCUUCAUAUUUAUGAGUUUAUUGAAAUGUAGCCAUACCUUGUUCUGGCUAAUUUGAUUAGUAUUAUGUACAUGACUUUAAUUAUGUGAUUUUUUUCAGAACUGUUAAUUGUUGUACUUUGCAUUGUUGUUUCUAUUGUUGGAAAGAACAUGCAGACUCUUCCUGACAUUUGUAGAUAUGAGAAGGAUGCCUGUCAUUUUCUGACUUUUUGAAUGCAUUUUGUGGAAAAUACAAAAGUGAAUCAUUAA